GGGGAGAAAAAUAAAAUAAAAUAACGGAGAAAAAAAACGCGGCUGCUGUAUACACCAAAAACCAGAGAGAGAGAGGGAGAGAGACUCUUUCUGCUAAUCGAUUCCAGCUAUAGAGAUCGCACCAAAGCGAACCCAAACCUUCAGGUCCAAGAAAAUCAUUUGGGUUUUGCCAAAGAUCUUUUUGUUUAAUUGCUUUAGUUACUGGAAUUUUUUGAUAUCCAAUAUCUGGGUCGGUGGCAUCCGUCCGGAUUUUGUGAUCGGGUCUGAUUUUGAUCGUUCCAUUGGAAAUCCUCGGUGGGUCUUUGGUCCUCUAAAAUGGUUCAGGCCCGUUUUUAUGUUUGGAUGUGCGGAGAGAGGGGUCUGAGUUUGUGAGCUUGAUUGGUUGUCCCAUUUAAUAUUGUUGUUUAUUAUUGUUGAUGAUUUCUUUGGGGAGGAGAGAUGCGAGAAAGGAGCUAGGGUUAGGGUUUGGCGUUGGGAGAGAGAUGGAGGACACUGAGCUUGAAGAAGGGGAGGCUUGCUCGGACCAUAACAACAACGAUGAUGAUUAUGAUUCAAGCAUGGACCCAGAUAUUGAUCUCUCUUACAUAGAUGAGAAACUUCAGGAUGUCUUGGGGCACUUUCAGAAAGAUUUUGAAGGGGGAGUUUCAGCAGAGAAUUUGGGGGCCAAGUUUGGUGGUUAUGGUUCUUUUUUACCUGCCUAUCAGCGUUCUCCUGUUUGGUCUCACCCAAGGACUCCACCAAAAGUUCAGAACUACAGCUCUCCUAGAUCUCCAAACAAUUCUCAACUUGAGGGUAGCUGUCGUGGUUUAAUUUCUUCAUCAACUGUGCCUCAAUCAGUAAGACUCGAACCUGCUUCUUCCAGUGCAGCAUCACUGACUGCAUCAAAAGCAUCAUCCUCCAUGAUUGUUUCAGUCAAACAAGAAGCAGGCAUGCCGUCCACUAAUCUAGCCAAGGAACAUACUCUGAGAUAUGAAUCAGUAAACAGGAAAUAUACUGAUUUACCAGACCAAAGAAUGUUGAAGGUUCGAAUCAAAGUGGGUUCUGAUAAUUUGUCGACACAGAAAAAUGCUGCAAUCUACAGUGGUCUUGGCCUUGAUGUGUCGCCAUCUUCAUCACCGGAUGACAGUCCCUCUGGAAGUGAAGGGAUGUCUCAUGGACCUCAAGAUUCUCCAUUUGAAUCUCCAGCUCAUAUUCUUUGGAUAAUGACUUCAUUACCAAUUCAUGGGGGUGUAUUGCUAUCACCUCUUCCUGGUGAUUUAAUUCACUUGAUAGAAAAGGAAAAGCUUAAUAAAGGCAGUGGAUCUUCGCAUGCCCAUUCAGUUGGCAUAGAAUGUUCUGGCAUUAUGGAUGGGUCUGAUUCUGUAAAAGAUGAUGGAAAAAUAUUGGGAGAAAAGAAAAUAAAGUCACUAGAGAGAAAUGAAAUAUCAUCAGAAUCAAAAAGUGAAAAUAAUAAGGAUUCUCGGAGUGUUAUUGAUGUUUUUCCAAAGAAGGAGAUGGACCUUGACACUUUGGCCUGUGAGGAACUUGUUUCUAACACACUAAAGCUUCCACUUCUAUCCAAUUCAUAUUCUGUUACUGAUGUGGCAAAAGGCACGGUUAGGGAAUCUAAUAUUUCCAGGGAAGCGUGCAAGGCUGUAGUGAGGGACAAAGGCUUUUCUGAUCUAACAAAGGAGGAACCAUUGGGGCUGUCAUAUACAAAUGAGGAUGCCUGGGUCGAGAAUCCCAAAGCCACUUCAGCUGGAAAGAUGUGGGAUGGCAAAAAAACUAGUUCUUUUGACAGUGUCUGUGUCUACCCUAGGAAAGAUGGCAAUCGGAAAGGAGAAAAACCUUAUGGCUUUGUCAGAAGUGACUCAAAUAUUUCGAAGGGUAUGAAAGCUGUAAGCUCUGAACUGACAGACACUCCCAAGCAGAAAGCUGACCAGAAAGUCAUAUCCCAUGAACACGAAGGUUCCAAGUUUCCUUCUGUUAAGGAGCUUUCAUCUUCUGAUGGGAAAAAGAAACUAAAAGAUAGCUUGACAGGUGGCUCUUCUUUGGUGGCCAAAAAUAAGAAGAGCGCUUAUGCAGAUGACUGCACUAAAGAGGAGUUGGAAGACUCAAAGUCACAAAAGAAUGCUGUAAAAUCUGGGGAUAGGUAUAGAGAUUUUUUUGGGGAUAUUGAACUAGGUCAAGAAGAAAAACAGAUGAGUCCAUUGGAAAUGAGUUAUGAAGACAGGCAGAAGGACUCUAACAUGGGUGAAAAAGGCAUGCGCUUCUCUAAUAAUGCAUUAAAGGAGAGACCAAAUGGUAACAAAAUUGAUAAGCUGUCAACAUCUGAAGUGCAUCAUAAAACAGCCUUGAGAGUUGCUCCCUACUCUGGAAAUUGGCCUAUAUCUGAUGUUGGUCCUGCAGCAACAGCCCCUGCUGCAACAAAAGACAAUUGGGUCUGUUGUGACAAGUGUCAGAAAUGGCGGCUUCUUCCACUUGGUAAAAAUCCUGACGACCUACCAGAGAAGUGGCUGUGUAGCAUGCUUAAUUGGCUGCCUGGUAUGAACCGAUGUAGCUUUACUGAGGAAGAAACAACAAAAGCUGUUACAGUAUUGAACCAAAUCCCCGCGCCAGUGAGUCAAAAUAAUCUGCAGAUCAAUCCUGGUGAAGUUAAAUCUGAUCAGCUUGAUCAGAACCACCAAGACUUUGUUUUGCAUGACAUGCCCAAUACUGGAAAGAAGAAGGCAUCCAGAGAUGGUCCUGCUCCGUUGUCAAAUCCAGUAAAGAAGAGUAUACAGUCAUCACUGGCAAAUGGAAGCUUAAAUGAUGUGAACCAAGCUAUGGUAAGUGAACCUGAUAUUCUGAAACUAAGCAAGUCUAGUGACUUGGCUGCAGAGAAGCACAAACAUAAGCAGAAAGAGAAGCAUAAAGUACUUGACAACUGUUCUGAUGGAGGUGAUACUAUGCAAUCAAAGAUGAAGGGCAAAAGGGACCCUGAGGAAGAUUUAUUGAGGGCCUCAAAGAAAAUCAAGACUGAAGUUUUGCCACAAGGUUGGGUGUCUGAUCAUGUAACCAUUGAAAAAGUAGGUCCUAGUUCAACUAAUGGUUUGCUUAUUAUGUCAUCAGGGAAGAAUCUGCCUAAAGCCAAUGGCCGCACUUCUUCUAAAGAUCAGGUUCAAGUUUCUGCUAGAAAACCAAAGGACGAAGUUCCAACUUCCAUGGAUGACGUGACCAUGGUUAUGGGAAAGCAGGUUAAUCGAGAAGUUGGAAAAAAGAGGAAAGUAAAGGGAAGUUAUGAUGCUCAAGGUAAUCCAGUUGCCCUUUCAUAUACAGGGCAUAAUCUCCGGGAAAGCAGGAUCCCGGCCAAGGAGGAGUUCAGUGAGAAUGAGUACAGGAAAGAGAAGAAAGCCAGGAUAUCUAGGCCUGAUGGAAAGGAGUCUAGUGCAAGUAAAGGCAAUAGUAAAUCAGACAAAAAAAGUAGUCUCAAAAAGAACUGGCAACCAAGACAAGAUGUUGGGAGUACUGUAUCUCAACCCAGCUUGGAUGGUGUGGAUUCUUUGAAAAGGGAUUCUGGAUCUCUGCAUCCUUCUGCGGCUGCUACUUCUAGCUCUUCUAAGGUUUCUGGUUCCCACAAAACCAAAGUCAAUUUCCAUGACACAAAGGGGUCUCCAGUAGAAUCUGUUUCAUCAUCACCUUUGAGAGUUUCAAAACCAGGUAAGCUUAUGACAGUGCGAAGGAACUUCACUGAGAAGGAUAACUCUGCUGAUGCUGGUUUUUUUGCUCUAGGUGGUCUGAGAAGAUGCUCAGAUGGUGAAGAUGAUGGUGGGAGUGAACGAUCUGGGACAGCGAAGGAGAAAAUUCUUGAUGUGGCUCAUCAUGGUUCCCUCGAAUCCUCAGUGCUUGAUUUUCAGGAAAAGGACUUUAGUCAUGUUUCUGUUGGUAAAACUAAACAUCAGAUUGUGCCUUCUCCAGAUGUCACACACCACCACUCUGCAAAUGGUGGUGCAGAUUAUUUAGGCCAUGAUGCACGAUAUCCUGGUAAAACUACAUCUGCAGAUCGACAUCAUGAAGAUGAUAAACAUGAAAAUCAUUAUCAUGUGAAUGGGUCCCGUCCAAGGAAAUCCGGAAAGGGAUCCUCUUCAAGGUCCAAAGACAAGAAUCGCAAUUUAAAUUCUGAACUUGACAGUGGUAAAGUUACGGUUUCUGAUUUGAUUAAUGUGCAAGCACCUUCCUAUGAACAGAAACCAACAGAUGGUAAAGUUAAGAUUGAAGAGAAGUUUGGGGUCAGAUCUGAUGAAAGUGAGAAUAGAUAUGUUGAUAAAAAGGACUCCACAGGGCUAACGCCAAGUGAGAGCACUAAAAAAGGGAGUCAGUCUAAAUUUCGGGGACACAUUGGUCCUGAUAUUAAAGCACAUGCUAUUCCCAGCCAUGAUGCGACCACUAUACCGAAGCAGAGUCUGCUGCUAGAUUGUGAGGCAGUCUCUGGGAGAGGGAAGUCACCAUCAUUACCUCCCUCUGAAGGUGGUCUAAAUGACACAUCAUCUUAUUGCCCUCUACCACUUUCUGGAUCUCAGAAAGGAAAUGUGGCAAAAAUUUCGGUUAUUAAUGCCUCUGACAAUGAUAAUGCAUCAAAGACGCAUAAACAAAUCAGAAAGGUUGAUCAUACAAAUGGGGCUCGUCACAACUGUUCAAGAGAUCCCUUAUCAAAUGGGCAUAGGGGCAGGGAUCUUGAUGCCCCAAGUCCAGUUAAAAGGGAUUCCUCCAGUCAGGCUGCUACCAAUGCAUUAAAAGAAGCUAAAAAUCUAAAACACCUGGCUGAUCGUCUUAAGAACUCUGGCUCGAAUCUUGAGAGUACAAGGCUUUACUUUGAGGCAGCUCUCAAGUUUCUUCAUGGAGCCUCCCUGUUGGAAACUUGCAGUAGUGACAGUGCCAAAACUGGAGAGAUGAUUCAGUCAAUGCAAGUAUACAGUAGCACAGCAAAACUCUGCGAGUUUUGCGCCCAUGAAUAUGAGAAGUCCAAAGACAUGGCUGCUGCUGCCCUGGCCUAUAAAUGCAUGGAGGUGGCAUACAUGAGGGUCAUUUAUUCUUCACAUAACAAUGCAAAUAAAGAUCGACGAACAGCUCUGCAAAUGGUUCCUCCAGGCGAGUCACCUUCGUCUUCUGCAUCUGAUGUUGAUAACUUGAAUCAUCCAGCAGCAGUGGACAAGGGUUUCUUAGCCAAAGGUAUUAGCUCUCCUCAAGUGACAGGAAGCCAUGUCAUUUCUGCACAAAACCGUCCCAAUUUUGUGCGGUUGCUCAAGUUUGCUGAGGACGUAAAUUUUGCAAUGGAAGCCUCAAGAAAAUCACGGAUUGCUUUUGCGGCAGCUAAUGCAAGCUUAGGAGAAAGCCAGCGUAAAGAGGGUAUUUCUUCCAUUAAAACUGCUCUUGAUUUUAAUUUCCAGGAUGUAGAAGGACUACUACGUCUGGUACGGCUUGCAAUUGAAGCUAUUAGCCGCUGAAAAGUCCAGUUUUUUUGUGGAGAUUGUACCAAAUUUGGGAGGAAAUAGAAGAGCCUCAUUAUUUGUAACCUGGUUCUGUCUGUUGCACUACUUGAGACUUCUGCUGCAAGAUUGGUCAUUGCCAUCUCACCAGCUCAGUGUUUUGUGUACAUGUGUAUGAUACAGGAUGGAUUUGGAAUUUUGAGUACAUGUUUUCAUCAGACUUAAGCGACUUUCUGAUGCAGAUAAGGACCAUGCAUGUUAAAUCCAUUUCAGGAUUGGUAUUAAGGAAAUUUAUUCAUCAACUUCUACAGAAAUGAUUGUGAGGUUGUAAAAAGUGGCAGUUUUAUGGUGAAGCAGGACUGUUGUUGAAGAAAUAAGUGAAUAAAGUUACAGGACCCCAACUAUAAGUAUGUGUGGGGUUGUAGAAUUCUCAUACCAGAGUGUACCAUCUUUCUGGCAAUUGUUUUUUCCUGGAUGGAGAUUAGUUUAGCUCUUUUUUUUUUUCCCUCAUAAAUUUGUUAGUCAUAACAUGUUUGGAGACAUCUGAACCCUGAAGGAUGGGAAUUGUAAAAUGCGGGCAUUGACAUGAAUUUUAGUUCUACUAUUGGAGGCUGCAAUAAUUUUCUUGGUUCAGGAUCUGUGUAAAGAUGGCAAUGAUUGGGCAGUCUCAGGUGGUCUUCAGGAGCUUCUGAUGAUUCCAGUUAAGACAAUUUUUUUUCUUUGUUGUUAACAUAGACAAGCAGGAAAAAGUUAAGAGAAGUAUAUUCAAAAAAUAAUGACCGCCUGAGUCAUUUUCUUUGAAGUGGCUAUAUUUGUAUAUAAAAUCAGGUUAAGUGACAAUGCGAGCUUCAUUUUGUUUCUUUUCUUUUCUCCCUUUUUGGGGUAGUGGUGUUCAUGCUAUACCAUCAGCCGGUGGAUGACUAUUUAACAGGCUCCAAAGAAUCUCAUUCCAGUAGCUGCUGCCUGUGCCCUCUGUCCUGUGCUUCUAGACCACGCAAGAGUCAAAUUUCUCUCUUGAUUUGGCAAGCAUUUCUUGCAGUCUCCAAAUAAUGAGCAAUAAUUCAGUUGAUUUGAUGCUAUCUAAAAGGAUUUUUGCUUUCAAGUUCAGCAAUUGGGGUUUCAGCUGCAGACAGGCUGGAUUUUGAAGCAUUUGUGCAUUUUAUUUAGCCCCUGCUCCCUUAAUUCUCUCAAACUGCUCAUCUACAGCAUUGUUCAUAUUAAUUGUAAUGUUAGAUUCUGACCAUAACCUAUCAUUCCUCGCCCCUUCCCACCCAACAAAAGCUAAAGAAAAAUCCAACGCCUUCCCCAUUACAUGUAUAGUAUCAAUAACAACGUUUAUUGAAGAAAGUUCUGAAACCCUAUUUUAAAAUGGUCACAGAACUUUGCUUGCUUA